AUGCCACCUAACUGGAAAAUUGAAUUUAUAACUAGAAGUACAAACAGAAAUCAAUAUAGAUUCCAUCAUUUUUGUGUUUUGAAUCUGGGUAAGAGUUUCCUCAUCGAGAACUUGCUGCGGGUAGGCGGCGCCCCGCCGCACGGGCUGCAGCCGCCCCCGCCCCACGGUUCGGCAACCGCGGUAGCAGCCGCCUGCGCGCAGGUUCGGGCCCUGCCUGCUAGCCCCGUUCCCCUCAAGCUGUGCCCUGCGUCCGAACAAGUCAGCCCCGCUGGGGCGCCCUACGGCACGCGGUGGGCUUUUCAAGUGCUCAGCCCCACGGCGGAUAGUGCGAGGCUGCCUGGCCGGGCGCCGGGGGACCGAGACUGUACCUUCCAGCCUUCAGCUCCAGCGCCUUCCAAACCUUUUUUUCUGAGUGCCCCGCCAUUCUGCUCGGCUUGCUGCGGUGGGUCCUGUCGGCGCCCUGCAUCCCCCACUGCUUUUUCAAGAGAAGAAACCGUGCUGCCUCUCCUGACACAGGACUCUAAUUCCAAAGCUCGCAGGGGCAUUUUAAGAAGAGCUGUCUUUUCUGAAGACCAGAGAAAGGCUCUGGAGAAAAUGUUUCAGAAGCAGAAAUAUAUCAGCAAAACAGACCGAAAGAAACUUGCCAUCAAUUUGGGACUAAAGGAAUCACAGGUGAAAAUUUGGUUUCAGAACCGAAGGAUGAAAUGGCGAAAUUCCAAAGAAAAGGAAGUGCUUUCCAACAGGUGUAUCCAAGAAGUAAGCCUCCAAGAGGAUCCCUUGUCAAGAUCAGCUCUGGGUUUCCCUUCUCCAUGUCGUUCAAUAUGGGAAGUCUCCCAACAGCACUCAAGUCCAAGAUGGAGGGAGAAUUCGCCAGAACCUUCAGAGAGACUAAUCCAAGAGAGGCCAAGGGCACCACCUCCAGAAGCCAGUUCACUGCAAGAUGCCUUGUAUUUGUGUCCUGAAGAAGAAGCUGGAGACAAGGGUAUACUUACUGCAGCUGUGUGAGUGGCAGCAACCCUCCACGUGAUUUUAAAAGAACACUUAACUAAUAAUAUUGGACUCUAAAGCCAGCUAGCUAAAACCUCUAACACCUUUGGAAUGAUGCAGGAACUAAUGCUUUAGGAAAUCUGCUCCUCUUUUCAUG